AUGAUAGCGGAUGUGGCGUGGAUAGGGCAAAGAGUUCUACUCACUUUGCCAGAUUAUCAAGGUAUCACCCAUAUCCAUUCUCUCAGAGUUUCAUUCCGUUAAGAUCCGUUCGACUCUCGCCUAUUCAUCGUUUUCUCCUACAUCCGAGUGUGUUGUGUCUUCCAAGGUCUCCUUAUUCUACCAAUCUUGGUGCUCGAGCGAUACUUCGCCACCAUAUGGUUUUCCGACUACGAAUCGACGUCGCGCACAUAUAUAUCCGUCCUACUUGUGGGACUUCUCACUGUCGUCGGAAACGCUGCCGCCUACACAUUCCACGAAUGUGAGCAAAAUGAAAACGAGGGACUAGAAUCAGAUGUUUAAAUGAUUUCGUUUCCAGAUGAGUCGACCUUCAUUAGCAUUUCGCUCGUGAUCGUCUUCAACUCGCUGGGCAUUCUGGUCGCAUCACCAGCACUGUCCUUUGUGUUUUUAUCAUCUGUCUAGUUUUCAGGGAAACGUACAUCUAUUGCGAGUCAACAAGAAGUACUGCAGAGAGCGAGCCUCUGGAAAAUUCACGCUAUGUGCCCGAUUUCAAAUUGCGGAAAACAUAAAGGUGUGCCAGUUGGUCAACUGCAUCGUUCUUUCGAUGGCCGGCUUCAACGGGCUCAUCUGCUUCACACUGCUUCUCGAUAACUUUGAUCUCUCUGUUCCGUCGAGAAGCCUUUCGUUGUUCGCUUUCGACAUCUCCGCACUGAUGUCAGUUGACACUAAUCACAACUUUGAGUAGGGAAGAUGAAAUUAUGUUUCAGAUACAGCACGGUGUUUCCGUACGUUUGCAUGCAUUACUGCAAAAGAAGCAAAGCUACGUUUAACAGAGUGAUAAAGAAAGUGCGUUGCGGCCGAGUUGCAACCUUUUGAACAUGCUUCGUUUCAGUUCUUCAAAAGAAAACGUUCGAUCCAACCGUACACCACCCCAGAAUCCGGAGGAAAGAGACUAAGCAUUACUUUGCGAAACACAUUCGGCGAGAUUAUGACCGAAAUCUCGACAGAUGUCUACUUCCGACAGCUUCAACAGAGCUGGAAUAAAUAA